AUGCACCGCUUGGGAAGCACGUGGCCUGUCCACCGGCGGCCGAUACAUCCCCAGCCCUACCACCAAAUAGUACGGUUCGUCAAGAGGCAGGCCUGGGGAGUUCUGAAGCCAGAGUCUAUCAAGCCAGACACCCCUACUUUUCAUGUCAACAACCUGCUUCUCGAUCUCGAUUCCGAAGCCGCCCAAAAUGUCAGGCAGUUCCACCCAGACAUCGAUGGCGAACCCGAACACCGCCUUGCAAAGAGACGGCGUCAGCGCUUGGUGCGUUCAGACCGCAUCGAGAAAUUUCAGAUGGCAUCACAGAUCGAGAAGCUCAACUUCGAUAACAUGGUCGCCGACCGACUUUACGCGUGGCACAUAAACGAUUUGGAUAUUGCCCAUCAGGCGCUUCGAGGCUUCAAAAAGAAGAACCACUCGACAGCACAACAAGCGACAGCGACGGCGACGGCGACGGCGACGGCGACGGCGACAGCAACAGCGACAGCGAACAUGGACAUGAACACAAGAGAAACCGCCAUCGAGCCUCCCAGAAUCAUGGCCCGCGGAGAAAAGACUCGCGCAUCAUUUCAGGACCUUGGCUUGCAGUGGAACGGAAUUCCAGAACACGCUGCCCGCGACCCCACCCGACUAAUUACUUACAUGUUGCAUAAACAAAAGGAAGCACAGGAUCGAGCCAGCACCAUAUUAUCGGACCACUUGCUGGACCACUCUCUGUCCGCCUUGAUUCGCCGACAGACGAGCUUUAUCAAACUCCAAAGGAUCGUCCGCUUCCUCCUCGAAGCUCCAAAUGGGGCCCAACUUGUAUCCAAGCUUAGCGGAGAGAUCGGGGAAACGUCCCUCGAACUGGCUCACCGCGAACAGAGUGUUUCCCUCCAAAGCGAUCUGGCAUCUGAAGCACUCGUCUUUUGCAAUGACGUGGUCUUGAAUCUUUUAGAGCAAGGCCUACCAGUCGAGAAGCGCCUCUGGGUACCUGGCUUGCACCUGGCGGUAGCCAACUCAGCAUUUUCGGCCGCACGAAUGUACCUCGCAGCAGGGCUGCGCUCUGGAAGUAGCAUAAGGGACAUGGAUGAUAGCUUGCUGGGAGUCCUUGACUCACUAAUUGAUUCUCUAAAGGCUAUAGAUACGAGCCAUGGACACACACCCCUCGGGCCCGUGCUUUCUCCUCCGCAGCGCCGAGCCGCAAUCUUCAGCUUUCUGACAGGAUCCCAAAUCAAUGGGCGCCACUCUCCUUUCUCAAUCCAUAGCAUGAUGCAAUCCCUCGAAAGUUCAGACUACAAAGCCUUCAGCCGUUACGUCGAACUCCUGGGCGAGUUGGGAGCAUUGAGAACGUUGUGGCAUAUCUACCAGCAGUUGGCGCGAACCUUGCAGCCUGAAAGUUCUGGUCGCCCUUCGCUCAAUGAACAUGUCGGAAUGCCACCAAGCAUACCGGACCGCGUCGUGAAUGCAUUUUUGCGAAUCGCGCGGAACGUCACAGCCGGGCACAUUUCGCCAAGAAACUACAGACAAGAGAACCUUAGUGGGAAGUUUGAGGAAGACUGCCAAAAGGAUCUCGAGACCAUCAGUAGAGCCGCUGUUCCGUGGUAUGGAGGCAGACAGCCCGUUGAAGUCACCCCUGACCCGUUGUUUGUGCAAAAGGUGUACAAGGCGUUUGGGAAUCCCCAGAUCACGGAAUCCAUGAGAAUGCUCCGCAGGUUGUUGGGGGAAACCACAGGAACGGCCCUCGAACAUGUUGUACAAAAUACAAGGUCAUAA